CUAGAAGGAGGGUGGCGCAUGCGCGUUCGGCCGACGCCAUCUCUAACUACUGUGCGUACUUAUUCCUAGAGUGAAAUGAAUGCUAAUUCGUGUUAAAAAGUGUAAUUUAUCAUGUAAUUAUAUCGCCGCCUGUGAGAUAAAGUGACAACACAUAGUGUUUAACCUACGCAGUGCAAGCGUAAUAAAAUCGCGGUCGUAAAUUUGCGGAAGUUUCUUAGCUAUACCAACGCAUAUUUUUUGCGGCCGUCUCCGCGGCCACCGCAUACAUCGGGCUACUUGAUGGGCCUUUGUCGCCGGACCGGCUAGUGGUAAUUUACUGCUUUAUUAUCAACAGACGCCGCCGGAGAAAGCGUGCUAAGCGAGCUAAGCGCGUUACGCGCCUAUCGGCCGGACCGAGUUCGAUUACGUACGAUUGUUGUGGGUCAAAGACUCCGCGGUGUUGGCGCGCGUCUACGACAGUUCUACAGCUCAUCGCUUAUGUUUCAGAUUUUACGCUUCGGUGUGAGUGUUCGCGUGAUAUGAAUUCUGUAAAGCCCGUUUUGCCCCAGCCUGGGGCGCCGGGUGUGCAGACGAGUCCCGCGAAGGCGACUGUCGCCGGCGGCGGAUUGGGCGCGGGCGGGAACUUGCCCAACCUCGGGGGCAGCCUUGUUGGGCAGAACCUAACGCAGCCCGCGGCCGUGCCACAGUCGCUGGCGCCGCCAGUUCAGCCCCUCGCACACGCCGUGCCUUCCAUGGCGCCGGUCUCCGCAAACAUGGCGCAAAUGGCUCAAAAUAUGAGUCACCACGGUAACUUAUCGCACGUCACUCAGAACUCUGUUCCACCUGUGGCCGCCAGUCCCGCCAAGACGCCAGCCAGUGCUCCAUUGAGUCUCGUUCAAGACAAGCCUCCAGCACCAGUUCCUUCUCAGCCCUUAGCAUUGACACGGACUCCAGAGAAAAAGGAACCUGACUCCACUGUCCCACCGGCACAGUCAAAUGGCACAGUUGACUCUCCAAAAUCAGCUGCAAAUGCUCCCACCACUUUGAAACCACAAAAUCCUGAACCAAGCAAGUAUAUUGACAUUGCUAAGACAUCACCAAGUACACCAAAGCCCCCUGAGAAACCUUCAAGUACUCCCAGUACUCCUCAUAAGGCUGAGCCUGCCAAUGCCAACCAAGCGGCCGACCCUGCUCAGCCUAAAGUGGCCACUGCCAAUGAGGCACCAGAAAAAUCCCCAGCCAAACCGACUGAACCCAAGCCAGCACCGACGGCUGAUGUUGCACCAUCCCAAAGCGACAGUAAGCCUGUUCCAGAAUCAGCUAAAGACAGUCCAUGCCCUGAAAAGGCGCCCACUCCACAAAAACCUGAACAACCAGCCCAACCAGCAGCGGGAAGUGCCAAGGUACAAAAUGAUGUAAAACCUGAAGAGAAAAAACCUGAGCCGGAUCCUGAAAAGCCAGCAGCAAAGCCAGUUGAAGAACCAGCUAAGCCAGAGGAGGCACCCAAAAAGGCAGAAACUCCGAAAAAAGAGGAGAAGCCAGUGGAAACUGCUGAAAAGCCAGUUGAAAAAGUUGAGGAGAAAAAACCAGAAAAACCAGAGGUCAAAACCCCGGCUAAACCUGAACCGAAGGCUGCUCCAAAGUCUACUCUGAAGCUUGCGACAGUCACACCACCAAUGAGGAAGAGAAGGCAUGCAAGCCCAAGCAAGUCCACCGAUGGCCCCAGUGCGAGUAAGAAACCUGCUGAAGAUCCUUCUACACCUGACUCUCGGUCCAAGAGGAAUAGGAAAUCGGUGCAACUAUACCAGUCUCCAACUCCUGAGAUCGCCAUGGCAACCAAGCUGUCCGCCUCUGCUGGCAGAUCAACCCCAACUAAACCCAAUGACGACAAGCUUAUUGUGUUCUACAAAAACGAAUACCUAGCGGUCCGAAACGCCGAAGGUGGUUUUUAUGUCUGCCAGGCCACGCAGAAUGUGUACCGCACUACACGCAAGAUCAAGAUCCGCUGGUUGUCCCAGGACAAGACCGCGGACCCGUCCGGGGAGACUUACAAACCGGACUUCUAUGACGUCACUGACAUGGAAUGCGUGCUAACGACGUUGUCCCUGGCGCGCGCGCCGGGCGGCGGCGGCGCGCAGGUCCUCAAGCCCGCCGAGCAGGCGCGCGCGCGCUCCAUCCUCGAGCGCGCGCUGCAGGCCGAGCAGGGCGACGCCAAGCCCGACGUCACCGAGGAGCACCCCGACGGCUUGGACCUGUCGCUAUACACGGACGAGUCGCAGCUGGAAAAGAAGUCGCGCAAGCGCAGCGCGUCCAAGUCCUCCCCCCGGAAGCCCUCCCCCCGCAAGUCCUCCCCGCGCCAAGCCGAUACACAAAAGGAAGUACCGACGCCGGUUAAAAAGGCUCGUACCACACCAAAGCGCAGCCCGAAGCGCAAAUCCAAAGCGACACCGCAAAAACCACAAACCAAACGAAAAUCGGCAGGUACCACGCCCAUAGUGGCGACGGCAAGCAAGACGGCCACGGCGGUAACGGAAAAGGCAAAGGCUAAGACGCCGAAAAGGACGCCGGUCAAACAGAAGGAGACGCCGCCGCCGGCCACGCCCACGAGAGGGAGGCGGUCAAUUGUGAAAGACACCAAACCCUCCCCAAUCGUGCCCACGCCGUCAACGUCGACCGGCAAGACCACACGCACGCCGCGGAAGCCCCCCGCGAAGAAAUAAUACGAGACGCACCGCGGCGCCACACUGCGCGUGACCGCACGCCGAGCGCGGUGAGGACCUCUAGUGAAUAUUAAAACCGCUUUUACAGGUCCAUUUUCACAAAAAUGGAAUGAGGACUUAAUCUAAGAUAAUUGUUUUCAAAUGAAACAUUAAUGUAAUGGUGAAUUUUAAUGUUAUACCUCCUCUAUGUCAUCAGAAUGUAUCACGAUGUAGCAAAAAUGAAAUGUGAAAUUGUGAAUGAACUGUUCUUAUUUGGACGAAGCAACAUGUGAUAAUGUCUCACGCCAUUUCAUGGUUUUAUGUAAAUUAGUAUAACGAUCAACAAACACCUAAAGUAGACCAGACUUAACACAUUCACUGCCAGCGCGACCUAUGGGCUACGUUUCUAGCCGAUAUCACGCUUUUCUUAGCUUUUCGGUAGGUAUGAAGUGGAAAAACCACUUUGUAACCAAAAUCGCCUACGAACUAGAUCCCGCCUGGCAGUGAAUGUGUUAUAGACGCCAUUUAAUCGAUUAUGAGACAAAACUGGUAGAUUAUGUUAUUAGACCGUAGUCUGCAGAGAUUUUGACAGCACACGCAGUGCAGGUGUUAUUUUAAACGUCAAACUUCUAUUAAAUUAUGACGUAUAAAUAACACUGGCACUGCGUGUCUUUUCAAAAUCUCUGCAGAUUUUUCUUGGUCUAACUCUAAGUUGAUAUGUACUUGUACCAUCAGCUGCAAAAGUGCAUGGCGAAUUCAUUCAUAAAUUCUCCAUGCAAUUUCGCAGCUCACUAUCGCGUCUUAUUCUAAUUGUUCUAUCAGACUAGUCUUCAAAUAUACAAGUGUAUAGCGGUUUUUAUCGUCACAAAAGACUCACUGUAGUUGUCAAUUUUCUCUACUCUUCUCGUUUUAAUGCAAUAAUUGAAGCCAGUUGAGUAGACAAAUGUUAUCAAACGUAUCGUCCUCGUGGUAAGGUCGUAACAUUGUGUCUUAGAAGAUAUUUAUUUUUACAACAUGGACUUGCAUAAUAAUGUUUUACGUUUAUAUUGUUUUUUUUUUAUUGUAACUGGACUUUAUUCGCAACAUGCAUUUUGACAGAUGGUUUAAUCAUGUUCCAAAUUGGAAUAAUAUUGCUAAUAUAAUAUAUCUUUUAAUGUUCUCUUGUUUUGUACUUAUAGGUGUAAGGAAAUCCGUUAGAUGUGCACCUGAAAUCAUCUCUCGUCAUUGUAAAUGAUAAAUAUUAUAUAACGCCACAGACAAAUCAUCCUCCAGACUGAGCAUAGUCGCGCUACCCCCUCUGCCACGCAUACGGUAAUUUUACUCCAUGUUCGAGUCGAAAGUGUCUUUGUGUGACGUCCGUGUCUUUGAACGGAUCAAUCACGGCACGGGAUUUCGCUCACCUCGUCCCGCGCACCCCCGCAUUUUUGGCAUCAUCGGUUGCAUGAAAUAAUUGCUCUAAACUCGGUCUAGAGGAUUCCUAGUCUAUGUAGAACACUGUCAAAAUGCCAUUCUGUGAACAUUUAGUCAUAAAUUGUAUGCCUAUUUCAAAGGAACUAGGCAUGAAAAUAAUUGGCUGACUCAAGAGAAUCCAUAUUAUUUUACCUAUCUAAAAUGGGAUGGAUCCUUUAACCUUUUGACCGUCAAAGACUUCAACUGACGCGCUCAGCUCAAUAUUAACCUUCCUGAAUGCCGACAAGGUUCGCGAUGACGCGAAGCAUCCUUUAUGGCAUAUCUAUGAGUUGUUUUUAUUUUAUUGAAUUAUUGAUGAUGAAGUACAGUAAUCGUGAAGCACAAGAAUGAUCAGGAAUAUUGUUAUAUUAUAGGGAAAUGCUAAGUGGAGGUAAAUUAUAAUUAUGUAAUUACUUUUAUACACUUUUGUGUGUCAGGGGCCUACUAGUGUAAAAUGCCCGGUAAAGAUUAACCCGUGUCAACGAAAGGCCAAGUUAUUUCUUUUCAAUAAGUGACUCUAAGAAUCGUGUUUCUUUGUAACAAUAAAAUAUGGGAAAUCUAGAAUUCACUUUAAUUUUAUUAUACUAACUUUUACUAACGUAUAUGUAACAAUUUUAGUAUUCACUGUAAAUAUUAUACAAUUAACAUGAAUGUUAACAGUCUAAUUUUGCUCUUCUGGAUCCCAUGCUGGGGGACGAUUGUCUCCUCUAGCUAUAGGCAAUAGAUUUAAAGGUUUUUUAUAAGGCUAGGAUAAAAUUUGGAAUUUUGCUAGUGUAUUGAUAUUAGGAUAUGGUACUCGAUAAUUUCGAAGUUUUGUAUAAAAUCAGUACAAAGAACUAAAAAGUAAUCAGAAUGUAACACAUUUGAUUUGUAAUAAGAAUAUAUUUUGAUACUAUUGGUUUACUUUUAUCGUAAUGUGCUGUCGUGAAUUGAGGGUAGUUGUCGUUUUAACUGCAAUGAGACCGAAAGGAAAUGGAUUGUAAGAAUUAAGGUUUCUAAUAGUGGCUGGCAGAUCCUCAAGUCUACAGAGUAAAUGUGUAUCUGUUUGGACCAAGCAUAAUACAUUGCAAUAAUUACAUAAUACAUUGCAUACAUUAAAAUACAUUGAAUCAAUGUACAGCUGAAUACUAAAUGUUAUGCCACUGCCUGUUUCGAAACUUCUUCAAUUGUAAAAAUAGAUAAUUUGAUCUAUUUUUAGUUUUAUACAAUUUAGUUUUAAUGAAAACAUUCUCCCGACUUUGUUACAUCACACUUGUGAGUUGAUGACUUAAGGUUGUUUUGGCCGGCGGGCGCGCGCCGCACUGCAUUUUGUUGAAUGUUUCCAUAAGUCUUAUGUUGUUAUUAUACGUCAGACCCGAGUUAAGGGCGUGCGAGUGUGUGUGUUAGAAAAAUUAAGUACCUACAUUUUAGAUGGUAUUUCUAAAUAGGUUAAUUAAAGAGAGGAUUAAGCUUAGGAUACAAAUUUGUGUGUGAAUUUUCUGUUUAUAACGUACCAAGUGGGAAAUGUUUGCACCAGUCCUGUGGUACAUAGUUGUAAACAUAUUUUAGCGUUUUAUACAAAAAAUAUAUCAGUUUGAGAGUACUAUUGUAACAGAAAGUCCACAAAUUACAAAAUUUAUAUGCAAUUCAGAAUUAAAUAUAAUAAUUUAAGAGACAGAA